CGUACGAACCGCCACACAUCGACACCGCUGGCUUGCCAUAGACGACGACGAUCUCUGCUUGUCUCGUCGUCACCUCGCAGAAGAACACGAACAUCGGGCGCGAAGGCGGGUGAGGACACUCCAGGUUUUCGGAUUUCGAUUGUGGAAAAAUGGCGACAGCAGACAAGCAGAGUGCUUUGGACUACAUCAACCAGAUGUUCCCCACAGAGGCCUCCCUGUCAGGAGUCGAGCCACUUAUGGAAAAAAUACAGGAUGAAAUUCGUAUGGUUGACGAUGAGAUAUUAGCAGCAGUUCGUCAGCAGAGCAAUUCAGGGACCAAGGCUAGGGAGGAGCUUGCUGCAGCUACAACUGCAGUUAAGGAACUUAUCAAUAAAAUGCAAGAAAUAAAAACCAAAGCAGAGCAAAGUGAAACGAUGGUUCAGGAAAUAUGUCGUGACAUCAAGAAACUGGAUUUUGCAAAGAAGCAUAUAACUACUACAAUUACUGCCCUUCAUCGCCUCACUAUGCUAGUGUCUGCUGUAGAACAACUCCAAGUUAUGGCCUCCAAAAGACAAUACAAGGAGGCAGCUGCACAGCUUGAGGCUGUCAACCAGUUAUGCAGCUUUUUUGAAUCUUAUAGAGAUUUUCAGAAGAUCACAGAGCUUAGGGAAAGAUUCAAAAGCAUCAAACAAAUUCUUAAGUCACAUGUGUUCUCAGACUUCUCAAGCUUAGGCACGGGGAAAGAGACUGAAGAGCCCAACUUACUCCAGCAGCUGUCUGAUGCUUGUCUGGUUGUUGAUGCUUUGGAGCCAUCUGUCAGAGAAGAGUUGGUCAAGAGCUUUUGUAGUAGGGAGCUUACAUCAUAUCAACAAAUUUUUGAGGGAGCAGAACUGGCUAAGCUUGAUAAAACAGAAAGAAGAUAUGCAUGGAUCAAGCGUCGAUUAAGAACUAAUGAGGAUAUCUGGAAAAUUUUUCCACCUUCCUGGCACGUCCCCUAUCUACUCUGCAUCCAAUUCUGCAAGCUGACAAGAACACAACUUGUGGACAUCCUCAACAAUCUUAAUGAAAAGCCAGAUGUUGCAACAUUAUUACUGGCAUUGCAACGAACUCUAGAGUUUGAAGAUGAAUUGGCCGAGAAAUUUGGUGGUGGAAGUCAUGGCAAAGAUUCAUUAAAUGACACCGGGGAAGAUAUGGAAGAAAAUAAAAAUCAGAUUGUUUCUGAUAUUAGAAAGAAAUACGAGAAGAAACUUGCUGCACAUGGAAGUGAGAAUGAGGAGCAAGAUGGACAGAAAAAAUUAUCGGUGCCAGAUGCUGGGUUCAAUUUUCGUGGGAUUAUCUCAUCAUGCUUUGAGCCUUACUUGACCGUAUACGUGGAACUUGAAGAGAAAACUCUCAUGGAGCAUCUGGAGAAGCUUGUCCAGGAAGAAACAUGGGAUGUUGAAGAGGGAGGUCAAACUUAUAUUUUAUCUAGCAGUAUGCAGGUCUUUUUGAUUAUUAGGCGGAGCUUAAAGAGAUGCAGUGCUCUGACGAAGAGUCAAACUUUAUUUAAUUUGUUCAAGGUAUUCCAAAAAAUUCUUAAAGCAUACGCAACAAAGCUCUUUAUUAAGUUGCCGAAGGGUGGAAGUGGAAUUGUGGCAGCUGCCACAGGAAUGGAUGCUCAAAUCAAGACAUCUGACAAAGAUGAACGCCUGAUCUGUUACAUAGUCAACACAGCUGAAUAUUGCCACAAGACGUCAGGUGAAUUGGCUGAAAAUGUGUCUAAAAUAGUUGAUCAGCAAUUUUCAGACAAAAUUGAUAUGUCUGAAGUACAGGAUGAGUUUUCAGCAGUUAUAACAAAGGCAUUGAUAACUCUUGUGCAUGGUAUAGAAACUAAAUUUGAUGUUGAAAUGGCUGCAAUGACUCGUGUUCCUUGGGCCACGCUCGAAAGUGUUGGUGAUCAAUCAGAGUAUGUAAAUGGUAUAAACACAAUUCUGACCAUCAGUGUUCCCGUCCUUGGAAAGCUUCUUUCUCCUAUAUAUUUCCAAUUCUUUCUUGAUAAGCUGGCAUCAUCUCUUGCUCCACGCUUUUAUCUCAAUAUAUUCAAAUGCAAGCAGAUAUCAGAAACAGGAGCACAACAAAUGCUAUUGGAUACACAAGCUGUAAAAACAAUUCUUCUGGAAAUUCCUUCCCUUGGGAAACAGACAUCUUCCGCUGCAAGUUAUUCAAAAUUUGUAAGCAGUGAAAUGAGCAAAGCUGAAGCACUGCUUAAGGUCAUUUUGUCCCCUGUUGAUUCUGUGGCAGAUACAUAUUGUGCCCUUUUGCCAGAGGGCACUCCUUCAGAAUUCCAACGGAUUCUUGAUUUGAAGGGACUGAAAAGGUCUGACCAGCAAAACAUACUAGAUGACUACAACAAACGUGGGACAGGAACAUAUCAACCAUCUAUCAAGUCAGUCCUCCCGGCUGCACCUACUGCAGCAGUUGCACCAGUGGUAUCCAAUUCAUCUACCCCAGCUGGAAUAAUCCCACUCAAAGAAGAGCUUGUCGCGAGAGCUGCUGCACUCGGAAGAGAUGCUGCCACCACCGGAUUCCGGAGAUUCCUAGCAUUAACUGACUCAGCUACCAAAGAACGAAAGGAUGGUCCCCUCAGAAAGCUUUUCAUUGGAUGAAAAUACAUUGCCACCUCAUCAAGCGCUAUGCACAGUCCGGGUUAGAUUCUAUUCCUCUAAUCCUCUCUCUUUAUCUUUUGGCUCAUUCCAUUGCUGCUGAUAUGAUAUAUAUAUACACGGAUUAACUGCUGAGAAAUUUUUGAUGCAUAGCAUACGGACAUUUGUGGCAUAAUAGUUCAUUUGAGGCCUCAGUAGAUUGAAGAACUUGGAAUUUUUUUGUAUAUCCAUUGUUAUAAUAUUAUAUUACACUAUUGCUUUAA